AUGGGACGACGACGUUGGAGGAUUGUCACUAUCGCGGCGUUCCUGCUUUUUAUUAUAAAGGACGCGCAAUGUCAAGAUGAAAACGACUUUUAUUAUACACCAGUUGAAAGAAGUUUCGCCCAAGUUCAACCAUCUCUGUUUCCAAAUACACGAACCGGCUCUUUCUUUGAAAACGCAGAUAGUUUUAGAGUAACAUCUAAUACUCAACAACCUUUAUAUAACAAUGGUCAAGUACGUUUUCCAAGUCCAAAUUACAAUCAAAAUCCGUCACCUUUUCAGUUGCCAACAGGGAGAAGCCAAUCUGGUACCCAGUAUUAUGUAAAUCAACCAGAAUUUAGUUCAUCACAGCGACAAAGGUUUAGGCCAUCUCUACCAUACAAUUAUCAAAUUGUCCAUCCAGCAUCUACAAAGAGGCCUGAUGUAAGUCCAGUUCACUCUGUAGCUUACCAAAAUGAUCCAACAAAGCAGGAAACAUUUUUAGGGCAGAUAACAAUUAACAACCCUGAUAUUGAUUACUUACAAAACAGUAGAUUUAAAAAUUUACCAUUUGAUGGCAAUAGUUUAAAAAGUAAUGGCCAAAGUGGUCAUAUAAUACAUGAUGGGGAUAUUGAAAAUGAUAACCAAGAUCUCUUUGACCAACAUAGAGUAACAACAUAUAAUCCAAAUAGAUUGGUAUCCAAGCAAAAAGUACACAUAAAACCAAAUGGUUCUAGGUAUUCUCAUUUUAACUCCCCUUCAACGGCUAGUAAGUCUAGUCCUAUUGGAUUAGUGAACGAUAAAUACGUAUUACGUAACCAUUCGAAUAUACUUAAAAACUUGGAUCUAUAUGAUGGUUCUUCAACUGAAUAUAAAUCACUGUUAGACAUAGAACCGCUACUCGAGGAUGAUAUACGUGAUAUUAGUUCAUUCAAAGAACUAAUGAAAAAAACUCAUAACUCUUUUGAUGUACAAGUAAUAAAAGCAAAUAAUGAUACUGAAUUAAAUUUACCUAAUGACAACAAAGCUGAUGCAAGUUUCGUUAGCCCUGACAAUAUAGAUAAAGAUUUAUUAAAAUCACCUUUACCAGUUGAAGUAUCAAAUAAGCCAUAUGUACCUACAACAACAAACAGAGCUGCAACCACAGAAGAUUUAAAUAAUGAUGAAAGUGAAGAAGAAGAUAAUGAAGAGGAAUACGUGGAGUACUAUGACGAACCCGAUAAUACGGAAGAAAAACCUACCACCAAAGAACCUGUCUCUGCAACAGAGCAAGUAACGGAUAUAUAUGAUGAAUACGACGCAACUGAAGAACCAGAAAAAGACAAUAACGAUGUUACUACAAGCACCAUGAGAACCUUUGAUGUCCUUGUAAUGAAACCCGGAAACACAAUGGUAAAGGAUGACAACUUCAAAGAGUUUACUGAUACCACUGUAAUAGACCAACUCAAUCACGAAUUAAAUAACUCUACUGCUCCUAAUGUUAAAGUUUAUACCAACAAAGAUGUAUCUUCCGUUGAAAUUCCAUCGAUUUUGGGUCAAGAAGUCGUUUCUGUAGUAACAACUAAAAGUGUGGUCAACGGAACUAUAUCCAUUCCAGAUGUGACUUAUCCUCCAAGCUCUCCAAGACCUAUAGAAAAAACUUCACCGGUCCAUUUAAAUAUUGAUCAAAACAAUGAUGAAUUACCUCCUGUUACGACUGAAAAUUGGGUUGUCGUUGCGUCAGUACAAACAAGUCGUAGUGUAUCGGGGGCCCGCUUUUUACCUUUUCCUACAGUUGAGCAAGAAGAGAAAAAACAAGUUUUAAUAGACGAGAAAGAAGAGGAAGAAACUGUAACUAACAGUAAUACUGAAGAACAAAGUAGUCUUAUUAACAGUUCUUCUUCUACUGAAAAUAUAAACGAUAAAUUAGAUAGUAUUCAGUCCGAAUUAUCAAGCAGUGUUUUAUCAGGAAACUUAAAUAGUGACAACAAGAAUAUUGAACUUAUAACGGAAUCAACAACGGAACAAUUGAACUCUACAACUAACAAUAUUGUUCUUACUACAACUCCAUCGUCAUUAAAUGUUUUUACAUUAAAAAGCACGCAAAUCUCCUCAAUUGCUGAAAAAUCUUCACCUGAUCCAUUACCUGUUUUAAUAAAGAAGUUUACGCCACGCGUUUCAUCAUCUACUACAGCAAAACCAAGAAAAAAGCCAUCUUUUGUAACUGUUAUGGAUGACCUUUCUGGGUUCUUACCUCCAGGCUUUAAACCCAAACUUUCAUUUAAAGAUAAACGUACGAGCACGACAACAACGACUUCCACAACUUCAACCACUACAACAACUACGACUACAGCUAGUCCAUUAUCUUUUAAGCAAACAUCUAUUAUAAACGGAACACAAGGGAGAUCCUCCGGAUUAAAUUCUAAAAACAAAGUUAUAAUACUCGAUGACAAGUCCCUUCUUCCAAAGGAAUAUAGACCAAAGGAAAGUAAACCUCAAGAAGAUUUAGUACAGAAGAUUCAAAAAGAUGAUCUAAGUAAAUUCUUACCUCCCGGCUAUACAUCUCCAGUUACAGAACAACCGCAACCAAAAGAAAUCAACAUCUUGGAAAAGGUGCCUAAAAUAGAUAUCACUGCAUUUUUACCUAAAGGAUUUAAGUUAAAUGAAACUUCCACUAUAAAACCUGAUACUGAUACUUCUAAAAGUAAAACUCAAUUACCGUCGAAAGCUAUAUCUCUCGAUAUAUCAGCUCUUCUACCCCCAGAUUAUAAAGUAAAUACCAGUGAAAUAAAUAACGGUGAAAAUUUGUUAAAUAAGUUUAAAAUAGCCGAUAUUUCAAAUUUGCUUCCUCCUGGUUUUAAUCAAAAUACAUCUGAUGAAUCCACUCAAUCAACUACAAGCACAAGUACCAGUACCAAAAAACCAGGUGGAAUAAAGUUGGUUUUCCCAUCGAGACCGGGUGGGAAAUCUGUACGAAAAACUACGCCCAAAUACGAUACAGAAAUGGGACCGAAUCCAGUGACACCAAAGAUUCAAAAAGGCUGGCCUACAAGGGCAUCUACUGAAUUUACUGGCUGGCCAUCACCUUCUACUACUCCAUUCUCUAUCGAAAAACUCUUGGAAGCUCAAAGAAAUGCAACUGCUACAACUCCAUUCAAUAUCCUGAGCACUGAACCUACGACUCGACGAAUAAAAACUACGACCACGACAACUAUUGCACCUCCCCCUCCAACCACGCCUGGGGUGUGCCGACAUGAAUGUGAUAUUGCAGCUACUAUUAAAAUAGUUGCAGGUGUUAAAUGGGUCCCUGAACUAUUAGAUCAUCAUACUGAGGAAUGGCAAACAUUGGCAAAGGAAGUAAAAGACGAGCUGAAUUCUGUCUACACAAAAUCAGAACUUCUGAAGAAAUGGUAUAAAGGUAUUCGCAUAGAUGGAUUUACUCAGGGAUCUGUACUUGUAGACUAUAUUAUUGAACUAAACGACGUUCAAGAAAAGGUGGACACCUUACAACUGAAACGAUUAUUCCAUAAAUCUCUUCACGAUGCAAAAACAGGUUCUGUAACUGAAGAACAACUUAUUAAUGAAGAAUUCGAUCCAGAUGUUAUGUUAGGGGAUCAACCCGAUGAAGAUAAAAUGAAAAAAAGUAAUGAAAAAAUGACAAAAACUAUUGAUAAAUCAGCUGGAAAGUUAGAAAUGGGAAAAUUUGUGAUGGACCCGGCUUAUACAGAAUUCAUUGUUUUACCCAAACGCGAGGAACCGACUAUAAAAGAACCUGAUGAAGAAGCGUUCUUACCGCAAUGGGGUAUUGCAGUUAUUGUCAUUGCUAUGGCUUCACUUCUCUUCGUUAUUAUUUUUGGUGUUACUGUCCUUGUUAAUCGUCAAAAAAGUGCAAAAGCAAAGCAGCCAAUACCUUUGAGCGAAGAUAUGCUCCGCGAGUUGGAUAAAAGCCAUAUGGGAGGUUUUGAAGAUACACAUCAUACAAAAGAACGAGAUUUACCUUAUCUACCAUCAGGGAAGAGAAUGUCAACAGCGUUCAUUGAACAGCUUGCAUAUCCAAACCCUGGGGAUUCAUGGAGGUCGGAAUGGACACCACAGUUACAUAAAUAUAUGCAACAUUAUACACCAGACUCUGGCCGUGGCUCGCAGACGUAUGGAGCUACUGGAAAUGGUUACGGUUACGGAGGGUCUCAACAUUAUGGACAGACAGGUGGUGGAUCGCAAGUAUACGGGUACACUGGCGAGUAUCCUCGCUCUCACCACUCGCGCCGCCGUUCCGACUAUGACAACAACUUCUAA